AUGGUCAACUCGUGUUGUGGCUCCGUCUGCUCUGAGCAGAGCUGUGAAGAGAGCUGCUGCUGCCAGCCCAGCUGCUGCGUGUCCAGCUGCUGCAGACCCCAGUGCUGCCAGUCUGUGUGCUGCCGCCCCAGCUGCUGCAUCUCCAGCUGCUGCCGGCCUUCUAGCUGCGGUUCCAGCUGCGGUGGCUCCAGCUGCUGCCGCCCCUGCUGCUCUAGCUCCAGCUGCUGUGGUUCCAGCUGCUGCAGGCCCACCUGCUGCAUCUCCAGCUGCUGCCGCCCCUCUAGCUGCGGCUCCUCCUGUGGUGGCUCUGGCUGCUGCAGGCCCACCUGCUGCAUCUCUAGCUGCUGCCGCCCCUCUAGCUGCGGCUCCUCCUGCGGUGGCUCUGGCUGCUGCAGGCCCACCUGCUGCAUCUCCAGCUGCUGCCGCCCCUCUAGCUGCGGCUCCUCCUGCGGUGGCUCCGGCUGCUGCAGGCCCACCUGCUGCAUCUCCAGCUGCUGCCGCCCCUCUAGCUGCGGCUCCUCCUGCGGAGGCUCCGGCUGCUGCAGGCCCACCUGCUGCAUCUCCAGCUGCUGCCGCCCCUCUAGCUGCGGCUCCUCCUGCGGUGGCUCCGGCUGCUGCAGGCCCACCUGCUGCAUCUCCAGCUGCUGCCGCCCCUCUAGCUGCGGCUCCUCCUGCGGAGGCUCCGGCUGCUGCAGGCCCACCUGCUGCAUCUCCAGCUGCUGCCGCCCCUCUAGCUGCGGCUCCUCCUGCGGUGGCUCCGGCUGCUGCAGGCCCAGCUGCUGCAUCUCCAGCUGCUGCCGCCCCUCUAGCUGCGGCUCCUCCUGCGGUGGCUCUGGCUGCUGCAGGCCCACCUGCUGCAUCUCCAGCUGCUGCCGCCCCUCUAGCUGCGGCUCCUCCUGCGGUGGCUCCGGCUGCUGCAGGCCCACCUGCUGCAUCUCCAGCUGCUGCCGCCCCUCUAGCUGCGGCUCCUCCUGCGGAGGCUCUGGCUGCUGCAGGCCCACCUGCUGCAUCUCCAGCUGCUGCCGCCCCUCUAGCUGCGGCUCCUCCUGCGGAGGCUCCGGCUGCUGCAGGCCCACCUGCUGCAUCUCCAGCUGCUGCCGCCCCUCUAGCUGCGGCUCCUCCUGCGGAGGCUCCGGCUGCUGCAGGCCCACCUGCUGCAUCUCCAGCUGCUGCCGCCCCUCUAGCUGCGGCUCCUCCUGUGGUAGCUCCGGCUGUUGCAGGCCCACCUGCUGCAUCUCCAGCUGCUGCCGUCCCAUCUGCUGCCAGACCACCUGCUGCCGCCCUGCCUGUUCCAGUGCCUCUUGCUAUAUUUCUGUGCAAUCUGCUAAUUAUUUCAAUAUUAGGCAAACAAUAACAAGGAAAACAUGUCAAACAAUAACAAGGAAAACGUGUCAAUAUGCCUGGUAUAUAAGAACUGUGGCAAGAGGGGGUCUUCCAAACUCCAGAACCUCACCCACCAGAACUCUCACCAUGACCGGCUCCUGUUGCGGCUCCACCUGCUCUGAGGAGGGCUGCUGCCAGCCCAGCUGCUGCCAGCCUUCCUGCUGCAGGACCACCUGCUGCACCACCAACUGCUGCAGUGUGCCCAGCUGCUGCAGCCCGUGCUGCAGCCCCUGCUGUAGCCCCUGCUGCAGCCCCUGCUGCCGGCCCUGCUGCAGCCCCUGCUGUAGCCCCUGCGGCUCCAGCGCCAGCUGCUGUGGCUCCAGCUGCUGCCGCCCCUCUUGCUGCUGCAUCUCCAGCUGCUGCCGGCCCUGCUGCUCCAGCUCCAGCUGCUGCGGCUCCAGCGGCUGCCGCACCUGCUGCUGCCUGCGCCCGGUGUGUGGCCAGGCGUGCUGCUGCACCACCUGCUACCGCCCCACCUGUGUCAUCUCCACCUGCCCCCGCCCCAUGUGCUGCGCCAUUCCCUGCUGCAGCUGCUGA